AAUGUUGCAAGACAGAAAUAUUUUAAUUGGGCAGCGCCAAAUUGCUGACUCUAUAUCGAUAGCUAGUCGAUAUCAUUACACACAUUGGCAACACUAUAAUCGCAGCUGUUGCAUUAUUGUUUAUAAACGUUUUGUGUAAAAUGCACGCCAUGGAUACAAAAAAGAUAUCCUUUGGUUUUAGCAAGGUGGCUAAAAAGCCAAAUAUAUUACCCAGCAAAGCGACAAAAGAAGAAAACAAAGUAGAGCUAAUAAAAUGCCUCGAAGGCAAGGAAAUAAAGCUUGUCGCUGAAAAACAAGAAGUUGCGCCACUUGUCAUACAAAUGCCCACUAUUCAGAAAACUUCCACUGCGUUGGCAAGUCUAAUGAAACGUCGCGCUGUUUUGAUGGGCGAAGAAGACGUAGACCCCGAAGAGUCCAAUGCCGAACCCCAAUCUAUAGCUGAAGUAACUACUAAUGGUGAGACUGUCAACUUAGAGCAAAGAGCCGCACGCGAACUGCUUGAAGCCGCUGCGAACGAAAAUGGCAACGAUGUAAUGGAUAGUGAAAAGCUUGUAUUACCGGCUUUAAAAGCUGAUGAGUUGCCGCUGGAUGGUGCCAAAGAAGCAACCUUAGAUGACUAUGACUCAAUACCUAUACAGCAAUUUGGUCUGGCGAUGCUACGCGGUAUGGGCUGGGUGGAUCCGCCGCCUAAGAAAAAGGGCGCUGUUCCGGUAGAUGAGGCUCCAUUUUUGCGACCCAAAGGCAUGGGCUUAGGCGCUGACAAAGCUUUGAAACCAAAAGCGUUGCUGGUGCAGCCCGAGAGAAAUGAAAUAUUGGAAAUUAAGAAACAAGCUUAUGUGCGCAUCUUAGGUGGCAAGCAAAAAGAUCAGUAUGGACAGAUUGAGGGCUUUGACGAUCAUGCUGGUCGUGUGAUUGUUAAAAUGGCAAUUGGAGGUAACAAAGAAGCAUUUAAUGAGUUUCUUUGCCAGCCCGUCUCUCGCAAAGAAUAUUCACAGUAUGGCAAGUGCAUAAAUACAGCCAAAUAUGAAGAGUUUAAAAAGCACGAAAACGAGCAUGGCCAAAUAAUUAUAAAGCGGGAAAAGUCAACAGAGAGAAUCAGUGUAAAGACGGACAGUCGGAAUAGACAACGAGAGGAGGAACGCAAAAUGCAUAGAACAAAAGACGAAGAACGGAAGUCUUGUAAAAAAGACAAAGACUACAUAGACAAAUGCAGCACAUCCUUCAAAAGAGAGGAACGUAAUCCUUAUAGGACAGAAGAGCGGGGAAGAGAUGAAUCCAGCAGAAGUAGUCGUUACCAAGACCGUGGUCAGGAUUCUCUCACAAGUAGCAGCACAUCUAAAUCAGGUAGUCGAAGACGCCAGCAAAGCAGCUCAGACGAAGCCGACGAUACAGACGAAUCAACAGAAAGUGAUUCUGAUUCCGCUUACGAGCGCAAGUACAAAAGGAAGUCAAAAACUGGGAACAGCAACAGUAAAUCCAAGAAAAGGAAGUCAAAGAAAACAAAAAGUAAAUCGCACCGAAAUCGCCGUUCCUCAAGUACUAGCGAGGAUAGCGAUAGCAGCACGGACGAAAGGACACGACGACGUCAUCAAAAAAAGAAAACUAAAAAGAGUAAACAUGCUCGUUCCCGCACCCGGUCUCGAUCGCGUGAUGGGCGUACGAAAUAGUACAAAGAAACUCAGGUUACACAAUUGUUGAUUCAUUCGAAAAUUUAUUUUAAACAUUUAUGUAUUAGCAGAAGACGCAUAGUUUUUCAUGCUUAUGUGGGAUUAUCAUUAAAUUUCAAUCAACUCAAUCACAAAAAUGUCUUUCUUUGAGAAACUUUGGGGCCCAUACAAACUUAGAGUUAGAAAUGUGGUGAUGUAUAGGUUACCAAAAUGCUUUAUGUUUAUGAAUUUUUGCUAGUUA